UUAUCUCUCGACGGGGUGUCUAACUCAGUGUUACGUGUGUUUGACCCUAAAUUAAUUUUCUGACGGAAUAUCCCUUUAAUUUUUGGUCUUCAGUGGUGUAAAGAGAUGAAACAGGAUGGAUACGUACAUCCUCGGUGAAGGAAAAUCUGGUGGGGAUGGCUGUGCUCUUCAGGUAUCGGAUACCCCAUCGAAUAUCGAAGCAGUCCCCAGUAAAAUGCUCAUUGCAGAGAUACUGGUGUCGACUCGGGGUCCAGUCUUCCCUCCUCAUGUUGUCCACCCAUUUAUGUAGCCUGGGCUUGUCCUGCAAAGGAAACCUUUAGAGGGGAAAGAUGAAGUGAAGUUUACAGCGGAGGGCGCGUUUAGGACUGUAGAUUAGUAUUAGUGUCACUUAUAUCUCUACAGUUAUUAACAUUAACUUAGUCUUUCAGUUCCUCUACGUGACAUAACAUCUAAAAACUAUGACAGUGAGAAUAUAUGUGAGAUAAAGCUGACCUCUAAUGCCUUUAUAGUUAAGAGUUUUUCAUUUAACGUGACAGAACUACAACGUUAGCAGCUAAACUACAAACACACAUCAUAGGGGAAACAUACGGGUAGAAGCUAAUUCUCUUGUUGUCUUGUUUCGAGGCAGCUCCCCCUCUGUUUCUGCAGAAUUUGACAGCGCAGUGCCGCGGCAUGGUGUCGAUAAAGCUACAUGAAGUCCGUUUUUUAAACACUAAAGUGGAUUGAACAUCUUUUUAAAGCGCAAAACAGGUCGCAGACGGUCACUUCCGGGUUGUAGCCUAGCUAGCGGAGAUGACGUUCGACCGUUGACGUGAACAGGAUUUUCUUUUUAAUUUCUAUUUUUAUUACACAUAUAACACAAUACAACAACACACAAAGCAACACAGCACACGAUAUAGCUCACCAUAUUCACAAAUGUACACUUACAAACUAAUAAAUAUCCCGGGGUAUCUUAAUUUAGUUCAGUUCAUAAAUACAACCCAUAAGGCUUCACAUAUUUGCACCAUUUUUUGUUUUGCCUUUUGAUUCUUGAGUCCUAUCAACGUCCCAGUAUGGUGUCCAAAUUUCAUUUUAAAUGGAUAAAUUCGUGUUCUUUUCCCCAGUCCAUUUGUAUUUGUGUAGGGGAGAGUGGGGUAAGAUGAGUCGUUUUUUAUAUCUCGUAUCACUACAUCAAGGCAAUCAUAGUUUUGUCUCCAACUAGUGUAUGUUGUACAUCCCUGCAAACCAACUGAAUGAGUGUAAACAUAACUGUCUUGAUAAUAUAGCAUGCCAAAAAAGUGGUCUCCUAUGGUCAACUUACCCCUCAUCAGACUCCUUUACUCUCUCAGUUGAGGCACUGGCUCAACUUACCCCAGAACUACUAUUUUGAUUUUACUAGUCCUCUAAGCUAAAAUGGUGGACUUUUAUGUUAGGUUUUCGACCUCAUGUUGUAGCUCAUACAAAUGAUGUAUAAAACAAAUUUAAAAUGAUCUUUUUCGGUCUGAACACAAUUUUAAUAAAAUUUACUACAGACUAAAUUUUGUUUGAAAGAGUUAAAAAUGUUUUUUUUUUUUUUUUUAAUAAAUGUCUAACCCCUUCACUCAUGUGCUUCUAACCCUCACAGACUCCAUGAAUUGAUGCCCACCUCCUAAAUAUUUGAUCAGCUUACCCUAUGGCUCAACUACCCCACUCUCCCCCACACGUGUGAGUAAUACAUCCACUAUAAAUAAUGUACUCGAUAGAAAUUAUGUUUUGUGCAUUUUAUGUUUCCGUUUAAAACCGGGUUUCAGGUAUAGAGACCAAAAAACAUAUAUUUUAGCCAAUAGUUCAAUUCAAAACGUCUGUUGUAAAUAGACCUACAGAAAUAAAUGAUCGCGGUACCAAUUUCUUCGUAACAAAAUAUACACUGAAUGACAUUUUAAUAACUCCCUUAGCUGUUCACAGAAUGCAAAUGAGUUGAUAAUUGCUCAAAUUUGGGAACCUGUGAUUUUCUCUGUCAGCGUCAAUGGUCUCUCCUCUUUCUCCACGUGCGCAUUGUUUUAACCAAUCCCAGCGAAGUGAGUCACUGUGUUAAGAAAUAGACCAAUCGCGUUGCGAGUCGUGGUGUUACAGCUCAGGAAUGCAGCUCGUCAUCAGCUGUUAGCUUUCGGUUCACAUCAGCUGGAGCUGUUGGCGGCUUACAGGAGUAUCCUCCGGGUGUUUGUCAACCCGUCUCCAGGUAAUAACCCCUUUUUAAUACCUUUUAGCGGUAUUUGUCUUGGGUGGUUAAUCCGUAACUGCGAAUAAACAUUGAGGGUAUCUUUGACAAGGUUUUUGACGGUUUUAAAGCUGCUGUAACUCUUCCUUUUUUACUGCUUAGCUACUGAGUUGUCAUUUUUCUGCAGCGUAACGCCCCUCUGUAGAAACAAACAUAGAUGCUUCAGUUUAAAUGUUCUAGUCUAAGUAUAUUUGAACUGCUCUCGAAAGGAAAUACUGGUGUGUUAAGUAUUUAACCUAUGUGGAAGUAUUUCUGUGUUUCAGAGGUGUGAAAAACACCAUAAACUGAGCUGUCAAACUGCUCUCUUCACAGCCUCAGAGGUGUCAAACCAGCAGUAUGGCAACAGCGCAGGCGGUUUUGCUGCUGGCAGUCAACAUUCUGCUGAUCUCCGAGUUCAUCCUGGCGAAGAGGGACUACUACGAAAUUCUGGGAGUCACUAAAGAUGCCACUGAGCGCCAGAUCAAAAAGGCCUUCCACAAGCUUGCCCUGAAGUACCAUCCUGACAGAAACAAGGGCGCAGACGCAGAGGCAAAGUUUAGAGAAAUAGCAGAAGGUGAGUCACCAGGUUAUAACAUUGGUGUUAGGUAAUGCUGUAUUUACUGACCCCCUACCUUGACUAUUUUAAAAAAUCUGAUGUUUCUGCUUUCAACACCCAGUGACCUCCUGUAGAUCUAAAAAUAUCUGAGUUACAAAAGCUCAAACAUAUCUAUCUUGCAAGAACCAGAUAGUAAAAAUAUCACGACACAGCAGGGCCCGACCGAUUUACAAGCGAGCAGAUUAAAUCGGCCAAUUUUAGCUCGUUUGAGAUUAAUCGGUAAUCGGCCAAAACUCGCCGAUUUUCGCCGAUAUUUUCACAAAUAAAAUGCAUAGAAUAAGAUUCUGUUUCGCCUCUAAAAUGUUCUGCAACAAGUCAACAAGUUUCAGUUCAACCCACUUCAUGAUGUUCCCCGCUGUGCUGGUUUUCAAGCUAAAGUUAGAGUUAGCCACCUGCUAUUAGCCUUGCUACACGUUAGCCGUGCCAGUAACAGUAGAAUAAACAACAGUACACAUUAUGUGAUCAAGCUACUUCUCUAACUGAGGCAGCUGCAUGUGUCCAGAUGAGACAAUGCUUUCAAUGCGAUCAGUCGGUCUUUCUGAAGAGCAGUAGCCUACAUUAUAUCUACAGUAUAUAUAUAUAUAUAUAUAUAUAUAUAUAUAUAUAUAUAUAUAUAUAUAUAUAUAUGUAUUAUAACUACACAAAAAAAUAAUCGGCAAUCGAACCCCCCCCCCCCCCCCCCUAAUAAUCGGCAUUGGUCCUAAAAAAUCAAUAGCGGUCGAUUCCUACUACACAGUCUGAUCACUAUACUACUCAAGGCUGAUCCCAGGUCUCUAGCUGCUGGCCGCAGCAACCAACACUAUCAGUGAUGUAAUGUGUAUUUCUCCACCAGCUUACGAGACGUUGUCGGAUGAUAAGAGAAGGCGAGAGUACAACCAGUUUGGUCAUGGCCCAUCACCGGGGGAGGGCCGAGGAGGAGAGGGAGGAGGAGGAGGAGGAGGAGGAGGAGGAGGAAGAGGUGGUGGCACCUACAACUUCAACCAGCACUUCCAUUCCUUCAACUUUGAUGACAUAUUCAAAGACUCUGACCACUUUGGUCACCAACAGACGCACCAACACCACUUUCACUCCAACACCCAAAACCAAGCCCACCAAAAGAGACACUUUGACAGCCACUUCCAGGCCCACAGGGAGGCGAUGAACAGGCAGAAGAGGCAGUUUCAACAAGGGGGCUUUGGAGGAGGACUCUUUGAUGAUAUGUUUGAGGACUUGGAGAAGAUGUUCUCCUUUAACACGCACAGCACAAGGACUGGGAGCAGAUUUCAGGGUUCAGGAACGGAGAAGCAGCACUGCAGGACAGUGACUCAGCGCAGGGGGAACAUGGUAACCACCUUCACUGACUGCUCCUGAGAUGAGCCGGAAAUAUAAAGCUCUUGGGACACUGCUGGGUUUAACUUGUGGUUUUUGGAUUGAAUGCUAAUUUAUCACUUGGUGAAAUAUAGAACAGAUUUGUGUGACAUCCUUUUUGUAAUUUCCUCUAGGAACAAUAUCCAAGUGGGCCUUUUUGAUGGCUGCUUCUAAGCAAUAAUUCACAUCAUUGCUCAUGGCACAAUAUAAAAUACCUCUGUGUUAUUUAGCUUUUCAGGUUCCUUUUGUUUACUUGUGUUUAUUUGUUUAUUGAGUUUGGUACAAUCUAUAUGACUCAGGUAUGGCCUAAUGUUAAAAGACAAGGCAAUAGAAGAUAUUGAAACACCUCAUUAGGCCAUAUUUAAGUUGUGCUCUGCAAGUUAAAGCAUUCGUUAAACAUGACUUUGAUGGACUUGUGUCUGACAGACUUGCAUAUUUUCCCCUUUAAGAUUUUAUAAAUAAGCUUUAAGUUUGGCAAAAGCUGCAAAAUUAUUUUAAGUUGGUAAAAAUCAACUGUUACCUCAUUUUAGUUUCCUCCUACAGAGUCAAAUCUACCUUAAUACAGUCAGGACAAGAAAUUAAAAUCAGUCCCAUGUGUAAUGCUGGUAAUGUAUGUGUACUAAGUUGUUUUGAUGGUAAAAAAAGAAAGAAAGAAAAAACGACGAGGAUGAUCUGCCAGUGAAGCUGAGUGGUCUGAAAAGAAGUUCCCUGAACUGAUCUUAAAGUGCAAUAUUCAUCACCUUUGCUCUUCAUGUUGCCUAUCUUUUUUAGACAGUGCUGGGCUAACCUCUCUGUCUAAUGUGUGCACUUUGUAAAUGUGUCUGUUUGUUUGUUUGUAUGUUAGUUUGUGUGUGUGUGUGUGUGUGUGUGUAUGUGUGUGUGUGUGCUCAUGACCAUGGAGGCAUGAAUGCUGAUAGAUUGCAUAACGUUUGAAGAAUGAAUAAAAAGUUACAAGCACAAA